GACUCACAUUUAGAUGACGUAUGACGUAUGAACAUAUGCUACAUGCUACCGGAACGAAAGGAAAAUAGAUAUGCACGUUAUUUUCGAUAUAUUUUUUUAUCUGUUACUCCGUAAUUCUUAAAUAUUCUCCGGUAUCAGAAUGUUAUCACUAGGCUGUCUGCUCUGUUACGGAAUAUCACUGGCUAUAUUUAUUAUAAUUUUGUUUUGUGUAACAAUAUAUAUAACAAGUGAACAGUAUCCCAAAAUUUGGAGGGAUGAAAAUGAAAAGUUCUUUUUCAACUAUCAAACAGAGAUGAGGGAAGCAUUCCCUUCGUUACAUGAUCCUUGGAGUGUACAUCUCAGUGUCAUUAUACCUGCUUACAAUGAAGAGCAGAGAUUGCCAGCAAUGUUGGAUGAAUGUUUGGAAUAUUUAGAAAAACGUGCAGAAUCUGAAUUUACUUAUGAAGUGAUAGUAGUCAGUGAUGGCAGCACAGACAAAACUGUGAAUGUUGCACAGAAUUAUGCAUCAAAAUAUAAUACUCUGAGAGUGUUAAAUCUUGUUAAAAAUAGAGGGAAAGGUGGUGCUGUAAGACUGGGUAUGCUAAGUGCAAGAGGCAGCGCAUUGUUAUUUGCAGAUGCAGAUGGUGCUACCGAGUUCAGUGAUCUAAAAAAAUUAGAUGAGAGUUUAAUAAAGGUUUUAGGAUUCGAUUAUACAAGCAAACCUGAAAAAACAGCAUUAUCGGACGCGAUAAUAUGUGGAUCAAGAGCGCAUUUAGAAAAAGAAGAAACCGCAAAGCGAUCUUACUUCCGAUUAUUCCUUAUGCACGGAUUCCAUUUUUUAGUCUGGCUGUUGUGCGUAAAAGACAUUAGAGAUACGCAGUGCGGAUUUAAACUUCUAACGAGAAAAUCAGCGAGGACGAUAUUUGAAGCGUUACAUGUCGAACGCUGGGCUUUUGACGUAGAAAUGCUUUAUAUCGCACAGACUCUUAAUAUUCCUAUAACUGAAAUAGCAGUAAAUUGGAUCGAAAUUGAAGGUUCCAAAAUAAUACCGUUUUGGAGUUGGUUGCAAAUGGGCAGAGAUUUACUUUUUAUCUGGCUUAGAUACAAUAUCGGCGCAUGGAAGAUAAAUAAGCCCAAAACAAACUAAUAUUAAAUAUUACAUAAAAAGUUUGUGGAGGAAUCCUUAUUUCCAUUGAUCUUUCCUAAUCUUUUUUGUAAAAAUGUUUUUAUAUAAUAAAAUAUAUUAUUAUAGU